AUGCCUAGCCAGCAGAAGAAAAUCAUCUUUUGCAUGGCUGGUGUGUUGAGCUUCCUCUGUGCUCUCGGAGUUGUGACAGCAGUGGGGACACCAUUGUGGAUUAAAGCCACUAUCCUCUGCAAAACGGGAGCUCUGCUCGUCAAUGCCUCGGGGAAGGAGCUGGACAAGUUCAUGGGCGAGAUGCAGUAUGGGCUUUUCCACGGAGAAGGCAUAAGGCAAUGUGGGUUAGGAGCAAGGCCUUUCCGGUUCUCAUGUAACUCAAUAAAAGAGAGUUACUCUAGUGCUGGCCAUAAAAUCCCUUUAAUCUUUGGUUUAUCCUCAGUCUUCCCAGAUUUGCUCCAAGCCAUCCCUGUGAGCAUCCACGUCAAUAUCAUUCUCUUCUCCAUGAUUCUUGUCGUCUUAACCAUGGUGGGGACAGCCUUCUUCAUGUACAACGCUUUUGGCAAGCCCUUUGAAACUCUGCAUGGACCACUGGGGCUGUAUCUGGUGAGCUUCAUUUCAGGCUCCUGUGGCUGUCUUGUCAUGGUAUUGUUUGCCUCAGAAGUGAAAAUCCACCACCUCUCAGAAAAAAUUGCAAAUUUUAAAGAAGGAACCUAUGCCUACAAAACACAAACUGAAAACUAUACCACCUCAUUCUGGGUCGUUUUCAUUUGCUUUUUUGUUCAUUUUUUGAAUGGGCUCCUGAUACGACUUGCUGGAUUUCAGUUCCCUUUCACAAAAUCGAAAGAUACAGAGACCACUAAUGUGGCUGCAGAUUUAAUGUACUGA